CAAAUUUCCAGACCUCAAAAUCUCCCCCAAAAUUUCCGAUCAAAGCUUGGACCUUUCUUCAAUCGGACGAUGGAUCUGGCGCCGGAGGAGCUUCAAUUUCUGUCUCUCCCAGACAUUCUCCGAGAAUCGACCUCAAUCCCGAAACUGUCCCCGAAAACCUUCUACCUCAUAACCCUAACCCUAAUCUUCCCUCUCUCCUUCGCCAUCCUCGCCCACUCUCUCUUCACCCACCCACUCCUCAACCAGCUCCAAGGCCCAUCCACCGACCCGGCCCAGCUCCACCACAAAUGGACCCUCCUCCUCCUCUUCCAGUUCUUCUACCUCAUCUUCCUCUUCGCCUUCUCUCUCCUCUCCACCGCCGCCGUCGUCUUCACCGCCGCCUCCCUCUACACCUCCAAGCCCGUCUCCUUCUCCAACACCCUCUCCGCCAUCCCCAAGGUCUUCAAACGCCUCUUCAUCACUUUCCUCUGGGUCUCUCUCCUCAUGGUGGCCUACAACCUCCUCUUCCUAGGGUUCCUCGUCCUUCUCAUCAUCGCCGUCGACUCGCAGAACCCGCUGCUGCUUCUCUUCUCCGGCCUCGCCAUUUUCGUGCUCUUCUUGGUUGUGCAUGUGUACAUUACGGCUCUGUGGCACCUGGCGAGUGUGGUGUCGGUGCUGGAGCCGGUUUAUGGGUUCGCGGCCAUGAGGAAGAGCUAUGAGUUGAUGAAGGGGAAGACCGGGAUGGCGUUUGUGCUGGUUUUCGGGUACUUGACGAGCUGUGGGAUCAUCGGAUGGGUGUUUGGGACGGUGGUGGUGCACGGCGGGAGCGAUUACGGUGUUUUCGUGAGGAUUGUGGUGGGAGGGUUCCUUGUGGGGCUUUUGGUGAUUGUGAACUUGGUGGGGUUGUUGCUGCAGAGUGUGUUUUACUAUGUUUGUAAGAGCUAUCAUCAUCAGGGGAUCGAUAAGAGUGCUUUGCAUGAUCAUCUGGGAGGGUAUCUUGGGGAGUACGUGCCGCUCAAGAGCAGCAUUCAGAUGGAGAAUUUGGAUGCCUGACAAAGGAAAGAUUGGAAUGGAUUUAUGUGUAAGUUUCUUUGUACUAAAUGUUGUAAAGAA